AUGAGCGCUACCGAGGUUGCCAAUGAAUUGAUCGCAGGAAGUGUAGGGGGUGCGGCUCAGGUCUUGGUUGGCCAGCCGCUCGACACGAUCAAGACCCGUGCACAAACUGCAUCCAAACAGAGGGGUCCUAUGGACAUUCUUACGCAAACGAUUCGCAAGGAAGGUUUCUUUGCGUUGUAUAAAGGAAUGGCAAGCCCUCUUCUGGGGAUAGCGGGAGUCAAUUCUCUACUUUUCGCUGCUUAUGGCGCAUCCAAGCGUAUAAUAUCACCGUUUCCUCAACUUUCCCUGAAGGAGAUAGCUGCUGCCGGCGCCAUGGCUGGAGCAGCCAACGCAGUACUUGCCAGCCCAGUGGAAAUGUUCAAGGUACGCAUGCAAGGUCAGUAUGGCGCUGCAACGGAUCAACGAUUACGCGAAGUUGUUCGAGAGAUGUGGUCAGAAUGGGGCUUUCGACGUGGUGUGAUGCGAGGGUAUUGGGUUACGGUUUUAAGAGAGAUUCCGGCUUAUGCAGGAUUCUACACAGCGUUUGAAUUUUCGAAACGCAAGUUUGCUGAGACACAUGGUUCCGAGUUGCCUGUGUGGGCACUGCUGAGCAGUGGCGCCACUGGAGGGAUUGCUUAUUGGCUAUCCUGUUACCCGUUAGAUGUCGUGAAGUCUCGCAUUCAACUGAGGUCAACACCUCCGGCGGGUACACCUGUACAGUAUAUUGCUCAUGAAAUCAGAGCGAUAAUUGCGGAAUCGGGAGUUGCUGGAUUAUUUCGUGGAUUGACACCAUCACUAAUCAGAAGGUAAGGCUUUCCAAGGAACGCCUCGUCGAUCCUUUGAUGAACACUAUGGCAGCAUUCCGGCGGCAGCAAGUACUUUUGCUGCGUUUGAACUGACAAGAGAGUACUUGCGAGAAUACACUGGAGUGUGACGACAUCUGAUCAAAAUCUGACUUUUCUUCUCUUAGUCUGCAAUUCUGUUGUUCCGUUCGAUGUUUGUCAGGUCUCUGUAUGCUUAUCUGCUCGCAGUCAAAGGGUUUUAUCAUACUCCCAGAACUCCCCAUU